GCUCUGUAUCUGAUUCUGAAUUAAGCGAAUAAUCUUGUUUUGUCAAUGAGAAACGAAGCUCGUAAUUUUCAAAAUACAUUGGAAGAAUUGAAUUUAUAUUUCAAAUAGAUUAAUUAAGAACAUCUCUUCCUCAGGUUCGUUGUUCCACGGAAUCUUUUUUUAUUGCAUGGACCAAUACAAGGCUAAUUUGAUAUCGUCGGUCCAGCAGCAUCCCACGGACGUAACCCGGUCAUGAUGUUCGCGAUAUGGUACGCCUUCGUUCCCGCAUCACCGUCAGAAAUGGCUUCUGAAAUGAUUAUGUAGAAGUGGGGGUGUAGCGUCGAGAAAGACAUUUAGCUCUGCUGAUGUGGAAGCCGACUAAGCGAAAGAGGAGAGUCUAAAAAUUCCCGUUGUCGUUGACGCUUUUUCCAGCGGUCUUCUCGUGCACCGGUUUACGGUAACCUUUCUUCCUGUUAUUUCGUGCAAGUUAUGAGAAGAAUCAUGCUUCUGCAGCUUUUGAUUGGUUUCUCCGUGCUGGCGACGGCGAUCCCGAAGCCCGAGAACGAACACAAAUCCCGGGUCAUCAACAAGGAGCCGCAUGAAGAGGAGCACUAUAUCAAUUCCCAACAUAAUCCAGCCUAUGAUCAUGAGACUUUCCUUGGCGAAGAAGCAAAGAAUCAACUUACGCCUGAAGAGAGCAUGAGAAGACUGGGUAUUAUUGUUGAUAAAAUGGACAAGGACAAAGAUGGUUAUGUCAAUGGAGAGGAACUAAAGGAUUGGAUAUUGUACACGCAACAGCGCUACAUACGAGAUGACGUUGAGAGACAAUGGAAAUCCCACAAUCCAAAGGGAAAGGAAAAACUCCCCUGGACAGAAUACAUGGCAAUGGUUUAUGGGGACAUAGAUGAGCAUGAAGCAGAAAAAGAUGAAAAAUCCAACGACAAUUCCUUCUCUUAUGCAGCAAUGCUUAAGAAAGAACGCAGACGGUGGACAAGUGCAGAUGUUGAUGGAGAUGAUGCUCUCACGAAGGAAGAGUUUACUGCUUUCCUCCAUGCAGACCAAGCCAAUCACACGAAAGAUGUUAUAGUGUUAGAAACCAUAGAAGAUAUUGAUAAAGAUGGGGAUGGCAAAAUAUCUAUUUCAGAAUAUAUUGGUGACAUGUAUGAUGGUGCAGAAGGUGAAGAGGAACCAGAGUGGGUGAAAAAUGAGAAGGAACAGUUCUCUAUGUACCGUGACAAGAAUGGUGAUGGUUUCCUGGACUCCGAAGAGGUGAAAACAUGGAUCAUUCCAGCAGAUUUUGAUCAUGCAGAGGCUGAAUCUCGUCAUUUGAUAUUCGAAGCUGAUACAGAUGCAGAUCAAAAGCUGACAAAAGAAGAAAUAUUAGAAAAAUACGACAUCUUUUUUGGCUCUCAGGCAACUGACUUUGGACAAGCAUUAGCCAGGCAUGAUGAGUUUUAAUACAAAGCAAAAAAUUUCAUAUAAUAUUUUUUCAACAAAGGACAAAACACUGUUAAUACACAAGAAGAAUGUGUCAAGCAUUUAUAAAGCAUAUACUUCUUUAUCAGUAGGAUAAGAAUCUUUUUAUAAUGGCUGAUUUUUACUUACCUCAUGACAUUACUGCUAUUUCACUCUCUAUCUUCGAAACAUGUACAUAUAUCUUAGUCAUUUUAAUAAAUCCCAGAUAUUUUAAAUAUAA